AUGCCUCGGCAAAUAUUCUUCAUUCGACUUCUUUCCACGGUAGCAUGAACACUGUAGCUGUAUGGCGUUACCUUCCACGUUUACGGCUUCAAAGUCUAACCAUCCACUAUACAGUCGUCAUUUAAGUGCAUUAUUUAAAAAAAACAAUUUACUGCCUCUUUGUGGACGAUCACUAAACCAUUUUGAAGUAACGUUCAUCGCGUCUUAACAGUUUUAACAUUAUAGGCCUACAUCUUUUGGAUAAAGUACUAAAUAAAUAUAAGUGACUGACCAUCUCGGUGCUUGUAAGUUUGAUGCGAAUCACAAAUUUUCCUUGCAUUACACAUUGCUCGGAUAUGUCAAGAGUCAAGGAAAAUAUUAUGAUGUUGAGGUGAGUGAACAACUACCUACCUGGUAUUUAAAAACAGUAUUUUUAAAAUCUUUAUUCAUUUCCAUGAAGUUUGAAAUAGCGACAGCAUAGGAACGCAUUAUAGGCAGAUAGGGGAAAUAAGCUCGGAGAAGGCAAUGCCCACUCGUGACUUUAUAUUCUUAUGUGAUUCCUGCAUCCAACCGAUUCUGAACCUUAUUUAGUUGUCAUAAUGUUAAAGGAAUGAAACUGAUUAUAUGACAUGAAGGUGAUAACUGAAAGUAUGGAUGUGAAAAGUGAAGGAUCGUUAAACGUGAACACCAAUCAAUCUACUCUCCUAGAGGAUGACUACGACUCCGGACCCAUUCUUGAUCGAAUACCACUAAUAUGGGGUUAUAGUUUGGUUAUUAUUAUCACUAUCGUAGGUAAUCUGCUAGUGAUCUUAGCCUACUGCCGCCAUUCUCAGGUACGUGCCGUCCCAACCAAUACACUCAUCUUCAGUCUAUCAAUAUCCGACUUCCUAAUUGGUGUCAUGGUAUUGACCAUCAAUCUGCAUUGGGUAGCCGAAGACUCCUGGAUGUUUGGUGAGGUUGUUUGCAGACUUUGGUCAAUUCUUGAUUACACUGUAAGCUAUAUGUCAACGAUGACAAUCAUGCUAAUAAGUCUUGAUCGUUUUUUAUUAAUGUAUCAGAAGACUCGAUACCGUACAGUGUGGACUCGUAAGAGAGUCACCAUCAUCACCCUGGUAUGCUGGGCAUUUAGCAUCACCGUCUAUGUCUGCAUCGCAUUUGCAAUGACAGAUGCAAACCUAGUGGAUUUCCAAGAUGAAUGCGAACUAGAAAUUGUGUACUUAUUGCCUUUUACAAUCGGUAUUCUUAUUUUCGAGUUUGGAAUUCCACUACCAAUCAUCGUAUUAUUGAAUAUAUCUGUAUAUUAUCAGAUUCAUCAGCGAUCACAGAAUCUGCGAAGGUACAAAUCCAACCUUGGUCUGCCUUCAACCGAUCCACGCAAUGAUCAAUCCCAUAGUCAGAUGCAAGGUAUGUCACAUGCAGCAGAUCAUUCUGAUCUUCCUUCUGUAUCCAAUGUACACACAGAUCGAUGGGUAAAACCUUUGGUAGAAGUCUUAGGCAGUAGCAGGAAUCAGUCCCGUCCACUCCCUGAAGUUAAUGGUCCUUCGGGUUCUGGUCUCCAGACGAACCACAAUCCAGGGACUCAACGUAUAGCGACAUAUCGCCGUCACAAGCGUUUAUUCGCCAGGCACAAGAAAGCUGCUUUGACGUUGUCCAUAUUGGUAGGGACGUUUCUUGCGUGCUGGCUUCCAUACGAGAUAGUGAGCAUCCUACAGGCGAUGUGCGGCGAGGAUGAUUGCUUCUCUGAGACAACAUGGGAGGUGGUAAAUGGUCUACUGUGGGGUAACUCUGCACUCAAUCCUAUCCUCUAUGGCCUUACUAACCCAACAUUGAGACGGAAUAUGAUUAACUUUGGAUGUCAACAACGCUGCCGCCGUCCGAGGGUUGGACCCUCAUGAAGAAUACAAAAAAGACUCUACCAAUCACUGUGAUGGUAUUCUGCACACUUGGACCGUUUUGGUUGUGAAACUAUAUUUUAUUGUAUUUUGAAGACAUUCUUCAUCUGCACGUCAACAUCUCUGCUAUGUCUUGAGUUUCAUCCAUUUAUCAAUUUCGAUUUAAAUGUUUCUAGGUUGCUACAGCUACAUUAUUACUUAGUGGCCUAUCAUGGUCAUGUGUCCCCCUCUUUACUAGUUUAUCGAAGAUGGUCUGGGUGCAAGAAAAAAAACCAAUGUAACAGAUAGAACUACCAGAGAUAUAGAUACCAGAGGUAAAAUGUGUAAAACAUUAAAUUGGUAAACAUGGCAACAACAAAAAAUUGCCGAGGUAAAUUGGUAGAGGUGAAAGACCAUACUUUUCCUCUGUCAUUUCUUCCUCAUUUUUCCUCUGAUAUUUCCAACCAAACUUAGAAGAGCAUUGUGUGCUCUGCUUGGUGGUUUUAGUUUGAUAAUAACCAGCAACAAUGAUGAAAAUGAUGAUAAAGAUAACAACGAUUAAUAUUAUGGUAAGCAACUUAUAAAGAUAAAGAUACUUAGUGAUGGUAAAGAAUCGGAACACAAAGUGGUAUUGUAAUACCUCGUUCCAAUUGUCGGGUGAUCCUUUACGACCGCCACGAUUGGACUUUCGUAAUUGAUCACUAAAAUUGUUGAACCAUUCAGAACAUUUCUACGAUCUACAUGAUUACCACGGCUGAUUUGAUAUGAUCCGAUAAGAUCACUACAUUACUCCACGAUCAAGUACGUCGUUUGAAGGGUGGCGCAAUUCGUGGCAGUUGGUAUAAACGAUGUCCAUUCUUGAAAUAAGCAAGCGCGCCAAAUAUUGUAUGAAGUCUGACGGAUAACUACACAUUUUGUAUUUAACAAAAAUUCCAGUAAGCUUUUUAUUGUAUUAUUUUGUUUUAAAACACAUUUUCUGUAAAAAUCUAAAGUGUAUUACAUGUUAUGAUUUUAUUAGUAAAACACGUAUCUAUCAUUACGACACUAUCCCCAUUCAUUAUGAACUUUGCAUGUAUAUCACUUUGGUUGACAGCAAAUCACAUGUAAAUGGUUUUGUAAAUAGCAACCAUGCACAUUACACCGAUUAUAUUAUCAGUUUCUACAGACUCAUUUUUUUAAAUAGUCAACUAAUUUUGCUUUCGUUAAAUCGUAACCAUGGCAACGAGGAAUUACAAAAACAUACCGAAUAGAUCCCCAGCACACACUGUCAAAAGGAACGUGUUUGACUAUGCAUUGCAAUUAAUUCACAUUAAAUAUAUAGCUUAAAUUUGAUUAUUACCCUUAUCAGACAUCUGAGCUGGGCUCCGUAACAUGAAGAAUAGCGAUCAAUCGCUAAAUGAACUGAUCAAUCCAUAUCAAUGUUUCACGCGCAUUUGGUUUAAAAUGCUGUUCAGGGACCAAUCAGUGCGGUUCUU